UAAUUGUCCCGCGUGGGCACGGUGCCGUUUUAGCCGUCUCGUUCGCCGUCAUUCACAGUAGCAGCGCAGGCUGGCGGUGACCGCUAUAAAGACUCUAAAACCGCCAAACCUCAGUACCUCACCAACGGAAACAACAGAGUGAAUCACUCAAUCAGGAUUCUUGCAUCCAGUCUGGCCGGAUCGCGGCAGUGUUGAUCCAAGAAAUUCAAGAAAGUUAAGGAGAAAGUUUGUGGCUGCCCUGAUCUGAGUUCGGGAUCAAUGUCGUGGGGACUGGGAUGGAAGCGCCCUACUGAAGUCUUCCACCUGACAUUGAGUUACGGCUCUGACGCCGACACCAUCGAUGUCGUCCCAUCCCGGUCCUCAUCAACUGGCUCCUCGUUAUCGGUCUCAUCCUCCGCAUCUCAGGACGCCGGCGCCGCCAACAACAAGACCAACAAUCAGGAACAAGUAGGGUUUAGGAUUGACCUCGAUUGGAACGCCGGCGAUGACGAGGAUCAAGUCGCGUUAAAAUUGCAGUCGCAGGUAAUGGUCGCAUUGCCCACGCCGCAAGACACCGUGGAAAUUGAAUUGACGGAGAGGACAGGAAAGGAGGAGGAGGACUCUGGAAAUUCAGAGGAUGGAGGGGAACGUAAGUUGGAGAAUAAAGGAGAGGGGGUGGAUGUGGCUUUGGUGAUGAAUGUCGUGAAGAGGAGGGAGCCAUUAAAGGGGGUUGUAAUGUGGAGAGCCGGGGGUUCAGGGCAGCAGAGUGAUGGGGGGUUGGGGGUUUUGGUGAAGCUGAUGAGGUUGAAUUUCGCCAAUGGGAUUGCAGAUGGGGCGGUUGUGGGGUCUGGCUGCGCAGAGCAUUGGCGGAAUAUUGCCGUUGUCAGCCUGUGUGGUCUUGGAUUAACCGCAUUGCCGGUGGAGCUAACCCGUCUUCCUCUUCUAGAGAAACUAUACCUUGAUAAUAACAAGCUAUCAGUUUUGCCACCUGAGGUUGGUGAGCUGAAAAACUUGAAAGUGCUUGCAGUAGAUUAUAACAUGCUCAUUUCUGUGCCUGUUGAAUUAAGACAGUGUACUGGUCUUCUUGAAUUGUCCCUGGAGCACAACAAGCUGGUCCGUCCUAUCCUUGAUUUCAGGGCUUUGGCAGAGCUACGUGUAUUAAGGCUUUUCGGCAAUCCCCUUGAGUUUCUUCCUGACAUCUUGCCUUUACUUAAACUUCGCCAUUUGUCCCUUGCAAAUAUUCGGAUUGUGGCUGAUGAAAAUUUAAUAUCAGUUAAUGUACAGAUUGAGAUGGAGAAUAGUUCUUAUUUUGUUGCAUCUCGACAUAAACUGAGUGCCUUCUUCUCUCUCAUAUUCCGGUUUUCUUCUUGCCAUCACCCUUUGCUGGCAUCUGCCCUUGCAAAGAUAAUGCAAGAUGAGGGAAACCGUGUAGUUGUGGGAAAAGAUGAGAAUGCAGUGCGACAGCUGAUAAGUAUGAUAAGCAGUGAAAACCAGCAUGUGGUUGAACAAGCUUGCUCUGCGCUCUCAGCUCUUGCUUCGGAUGUUUCAGUGGCAAUGCAACUUAUAAAAUCUGAUAUUAUGCAACCUAUUGAGAGAGUGUUGAAAUCCACAGGGUCAAAAGAAGUAAUUUCUUUUCUGCAAGUUGUGGUCAAUAUGGCCUUCACAUCUGAUAUUGUAGCUCAAAAGAUGUUGACCAAAGAUGUACUGAAAUCAUUAAAGUUAUUGUGUGCGCAUAAGAAUCCAGAGGUACAAAGAUUAGCUUUAUUUGCUGUUGGAAAUUUUGCUUUCUGUUUGGAAAACCGUCGUGCUCUGGUUACUUCAGAAAGUCUGCGGGAACUUCUUCUGCGGUUGACAGCUGCAUCAGAGUUGCGUGUGUGUAAAGCUGCAACCCGUGCUCUGGCAAUAUUAGGGGAGAAUGAGACCCUGCGCCGUGCUAUUAGAGGAAGACAGGUUCCUAAGCGGGGUUUGCGUAUACUUUCAAUGGAUGGAGGAGGCAUGAAAGGGUUGGCAACUGUAAAGAUUCUGAAAGAAAUUGAGAAGCGCACUGGAAAGAAGAUUUAUGAGCUCUUUGACCUUAUAUGUGGAACAUCUACAGGUGGUAUGCUUGCUGUUGCUCUUGGGAUAAAGUUAAUGUCCUUGGAGAAGUGUGAAGAAAUAUACAAAGAACUUGGGAAACUUGUGUUUGCUGAACCUGUUCCAAAGGAAAAUGAAGCAGUAUCAUGGAGAGAAAAGUUAGAUCAACUCUACAAGAGCUCAUCACAGAGUUUUCGUGUUGUUGUCCAUGGAUCUAAACACAGUGCAGAUCAAUUUGAGAGGCUGCUGAAGGAGAUAUGUGCUGAUGAUGAUGAUGGAGAUCUCCUAAUAGAAUCCGCAGUUAAAAAGAUCCCCAAAGUUUUUGUUGUGUCUACCCUUGUCAGCGUCGCACCAGCUCAGCCAUUUAUAUUUCGGAAUUACCAGUAUCCUGUUGGAACCCCAGAGAUUUCUUCUGCAGUUUCUGAAAACUUGACAACUGGGGGGCAAGGUGCAGCAACUACUGGAGCUCAGGUUGGACAUAAGCGCAAUGCAUUUAUUGGAAGUUGCAAGCAUCACAUAUGGCAAGCUAUAAGAGCAUCAUCUGCAGCACCAUAUUACUUAGAUGAUUACUCUGAUGGUAUAUAUCGCUGGCAAGAUGGGGCUAUUGUAGCAAAUAAUCCUACAAUCUUCGCCAUACGAGAAGCACAACUGUUGUGGCCUGAUUCUAAAAUUGAUUGCUUAGUUUCAGUUGGUUGUGGGUCUGUUCCAACAAAGGUUCGCAAGGGUGGCUGGCGUUAUUUGGACACUGGGCAAGUGUUGAUUGAAAGUGCAUGCUCUGUUGACCGUGUUGAGGAAGCUUUAAGCACAUUGCUUCCUAUGCUUCCGGAUGUACACUAUUUUCGAUUCAAUCCAGUUGAUGAACGUUGUGAUAUGGAGCUAGAUGAAACUGAUCCAGCAAUCUGGUUAAAGUUAGAGGGUGCCACAGAUGAGUACAUUCAGAAUAAUUCUAUUGCCUUCAAGAAUCUUGCUGAACGAUUGCUUGCGAGUAUUGAUGAUGACAAAUUUUCGGAUAGUCUGAAGUCUCAGCAGGCUUUUAGGGCAAAGGUAUCAAAUGAAAAUAGCCCCUCUUUGGGCUGGAGACGUGGUGUACUUCUUGUAGAAGCUUCCAAUAGUCCAGAUUCUGGAAGAGUUUUCCACCAUGCACGUGCACUUGAGACAUUUUGUGCCAGUAAUGGGAUAAGACUAUCACUUGCUAAUGGGGCAUCUGGGACCAUUAAGGCAGCUCCAGGAUCCACAUUGCCAACACCGUUUACAUCACCUUUGUUUACAGGAAGCUUCCCGUCGAGCCCCCUCAUUUACAGCCCUGAUAUUGGCCCCCAGCGGGUUGGUCGAAUUGAUUUAGUCCCACCUUUAAGUUUGGACGGGUUCCAUUCUGCAAAAUCUACUGCUUCGCCACCCGAGUCUCCACCCAAGCGCAAGCAGCUUUCCAUUCCUGUCCUAGCUUUGCAUGAGAAAAUACAAAAUUCUCCGCAGGUUGGAGUAGUUCAUUUGGCACUGCAAAAUGACACACGGGGCUCCAUUUUAAGUUGGCAGAAUGAUGUUUUUGUGGUCGCGGAACCUGGGGAAUUAGCAGAAAAGUUUCUCCAAAAUGUUAAAUAUAGCUUGUUAUCACUGAUGAAGGGUCGAAGAAGGAAGAAUGCAUCAGUCAUCACCAACAUCUCAACAGUUGCUGAUCUUGUGUCAUGCAGGCCCUACUUCCAAAUUGGUGGUGUUGUUCACAGAUAUAUAGGACGUCAAACACAGGUCAUGGAAGAUGAUCAAGAAAUUGGUGCUUACAUGUUCCGUAGAACCGUUCCUUCCAUGCACUUGACUCCAGAAGAUGUCCGUUGUAUGAUUGGAGCAUGGAGGGACAGGAUUGUAAUCUUUACAGGAAUAUAUGGACCUACACGAGCUUUGACCAAAGCAUUUCUUGAUUCAGGUGCUAAAGCUGUUGUAUGCCCUUCUUCUGAGCCUGAGGAAAUGCAAUUAACAUCAUUCUACGGGGCGGGUGAGUUUAGUAGUUAUGAGAAUGGGAAGUUUGAAAUUGGAGAGGAGGAUGGAGAAGAUGAAGAUACUGAACCCUCCAGCCCAGGAAGUGAUUGGGAAGGCAGUGAACCUGAUAGAGGUGGGGAAGAGUCAAUGUGUUUCUGGGAUGAUGAUGAGAAAGAAUUGUCUCAAUUCCUGGGCAAGUUAUAUGAUUCGCUGUUUCAGGGUGGAGGAAGAGUGGAUGUUGCUUUAAAAGAUGCUCUUGCGUUGCAUCGAAGCCUGAGAUAUUCAUGCCACCUACCGAGCAUUCUAUAGAUUUAUCCAUCUGAAUGAGGUUUUUAGAGGGGAGGUGUGCCUGUCGAUACGGCUCUGUAACAUUGUGUUGGCCUGUUGCCUGUCCAAGGUAUCUAUGCCCCACCUUUUUGUAAUACUAUGUUCUGUAAAGAUACACAGAGAAAUUGUAUGCAAAAUCAUUAGAGAGUACAGGGAUAAGGAAAACAAGAAGAGAGAAAAAGAGAAUCAUUAUCAUCAAGGGAAGAAUAAUAAGAGGAAAUAUGCAUAUUUCAGGCUUGCCAUUGUUUUACUGUGCAAUAUACUGAGGAAGUUUUUGUAAAGCUGAGUCUUGGAUAAAAUCUUUUGUUUAUCCUUAAUUUAUCAUUUAUUAAUGUCUGCAAGUUCGUUUUGA